AUGAGGUCUACUGAACAGGUUAAACUGAUAGGUAAAUUAGCAACUUCUGAGCAUACUUCAACGGCUGAGAAGCGAGCAAGAAUACUAAGUCAUGUACCACACUGGAAGAAAUAUGAACUAGCUGGUGCUUUACCCCCUGGCUCUUCAAUAAAAUUAAUGGCAUUACAUAAUCAAUCUCUGCUAGUUAGAAGUCAAUUAUUAGGUUCAAAUAAACAAUUACGACAGUUAAUGUUAAAUUGUUUAAGUAUUACUCCUGACUUGGAACCAUCCCAAUAUGUCUUAACAAUGCUCUAUGAGUUAGUUAGAGAUGAUGCCGGUCAAUAUGAAGGAUUUAUUGAAAUUAUAAAGGGAGUGCCAAUAUUUGAUAAAUUCAUGGCAUUUUUAGAUCGUCCAAAAGUUGAUACAUAUUUAACAGAUAAACUAUUGUUUUUUUUGACUGGGUUAAUGAGUCAUGCAAAUGAAGGAAUAUUUUCAUUAGAAAAUGUUUUAACUUUACUUGAGAGAAUUAUGAUUCCUAAAAUUGAGUCUGGAGAUAUACCCAAACCUGAUAAACAAACCUCAAAUGAAGAUAUAAUAUCGAGAAAGUUGCAAUCUCUAUCUUCAACUCGUUCUCAUUGUUCUAAUAUAGGUAUUCUGGAUGUAUUGGGAAAUCUUGUUAAAGUUGAUUUAUAUAGAAUGAUAAUUUUAUUAUAUCCUAAUGUAAUCGAGUUCUUGCUAAAUAAUCUCAGUAGUACCUCUGUAACAUCCCACUUAUAUAAGACAUGUGUAAUAGUAUGGUUAAUUUCAUAUAAUAAAGAUACAAUUCCAAUUUUGGUUGAGAAGAAUUUGAUUAGAAGUAUUGCAAAUUCAAUUGUUGAUUGUCGUUCUGAGAAGGUUGUUAGAGUUUCACUGAAUGUACUUAAAAAUGUAGUGGAUAAUGAUACAGCUGUUGAGAGUAUAAUUGACCUGGGUUUAUUACAAUACUUGACAAUUCUUGAAUAUGAAAAAUGGUUAGAUCCUGAUAUAUAUGAGGAAAUUCACCAAGGUCAAAUAAUGAUUAAUAAUAAAUUAAAACAAUUUUCUAAUUUUGAUAGAUACUGCCUCGAACUUGAUAAAAAGCAAUUUAAAUGGUCAUUUCUUCAUACAGAAAAGUUCUGGCAUGAAAAUUUUAUGAAUUUUGAAGUUGAUGAAUUUUCAGCAAUCAAGAGACUUGUACAACUUGUGAAAGUUUGUGAGGAUCCAACAACUUUAGCUGUAGCUUGUUUUGAUAUUGGAGAAUUUGCUCGAUUACAUCCAAUGGGUAAACAAGUACUUGGUAAAUUUAAUACUAAAGAAAUUCUUAUGGCUUUGAUGACAUCACCAAACCGAGAGGUUGCUAGAGAAGCAUUAUUAUCAAUACAAAAGUUAAUGCUGAAUCGUUGGUCAAAAUCAUCAAAUUAA